GAGUUAGUAGUGCCGAUUGCUGUGCUCGGGAUACACGUGUCCAUCGCACCCUGAUCCGCGACGACAGAGUUGGCAGCACCCUUUCUCAGCUGGCGCCGCGCCACCUGGCCAUGUAAGAGCGGUUGCGGUGCGGAGAAAAGAGAUUAGUUUUGCCAUUCGAGCCAGGAGCCGUCACCGUCAGCAGGCUGUACCCACGCAUCAUGCAAGGCAACGGGCCUCCGGCAGCCCCGCACCACCAUUCGCCGCUGUCCAGCCCCCUGUUUGCCGGACAUGCAGCAGCGGCCGCCGCCGCCGCUGCCCACCUCUCGGGCCAGCUGCAGCCGCCCGGCGGCGGCCACCACCAUCACCACCACCAGAUGUCCGCCCACCAACACCCUGUCGACCUCCACGUCCCGUCUGCAGCCUUCCCUUACUACAGAUACCGGGACGACGCCCUGUGCUGGACGGACAGGAAACCUGUUGGCGACGAAAUGGGCCACCCAACUUCUGUGAACGCUCGCAUUCUGGAAUUAAGGAAAGAAAAGUCUCGGGACGCAGCAAGAUCUCGGCGGGGAAAGGAAAACUACGAGUUUUACGAGCUGGCCAAGAUGCUGCCCCUUCCGCCCGCAAUCACGUCUCAGCUGGACAAAGCCUCAAUCAUCAGACUCACAAUUUCCUACCUGAAGCUCAGAGACUUUUCCGAGCACGGCUUCCCGCCCUGGCCGUCGGUGUCUUCAAAACCUCAAAAAGUCUCCAGGCCGAGAGUCGCUUCUGGCAUGGCACUUGACAUUUUCGAGCAGCACCAGGGCACGCACAUAUUGCAGUCGCUGGACGGUUUUGCUUUCACGCUAGGGGCCGACGGAAGAUUCCUCUACGUUUCUGAGACUGUUUCAAUCUAUUUAGGACUAUCACAGGUGGAGAUGACAGGGAGCUCAGUUUUCGACUACAUCCAUCACCAAGACCAUUCAGAACUGGCGGAACAGUUAGGUUUGGGCCUGGCUUCUCAGCAAAGCAACCCCUCCAAUUCAGGAAUGGCCUCCCCUGGAGGUAGUGCCGGAAGUGGAGGCGAUGACGGCAGCACAGGUACCCUGAAUCCUGAUGUUACCACUUUAAUGAGCAUCAACAGCAACAGUGGGUACAAAGGCCUGGAACGGGCGUUCUGCAUUAGAAUGAAGUCCACCCUCACCAAAAGGGGCUGUCACUUCAAGUCGUCGGGAUAUAGGGUGGUGCUGGUGUUGUGUCGACUGAGGGGACAGUACAACAUGAAUCACAUUCGCAAGGGCACGUUGCCUGCUCAACCACAAACCAUACUGGGCAUGGUGGCCCUGGCCAUCGCCCUGCCACCGCCGAGCGUCCAUGAAAUCCGGCUAGAGGCUGACAUGUUCGUCACUAGAAUCAACUUUGACUUCAGAAUCGCACAUUGCGAGCCAAAAGUGUCGGAGAUUCUGGACUACACCUCUGAAGAACUGACUGGACGCAAUUUGUACACACUUUGUCACGGAGAAGAUGCUCAUAAGUUAAGGAAAUGCCACGUUGACUUAAUUAACAAAGGCCAGGCGAUGAGCCAGUAUUUCAGGCUGAUGAACAAGUCAGGUGGUUACACCUGGCUGCAAACCUGUGCCACCGUCGUUUGCAAUAGCAAAAACAACGACGAACAGAACAUAAUAUGCGUAAACUAUGUUAUUAGUGGUCGAGAACUGAGUCAUGUUGUGAUGGACUGCUGCCAGUUGGAGGAAAACAGGGGUGCGAGCGUGAAAAGGGAAAUAGGCAAGAACCAAGACCCUGAAAAUGGAUCUCCAGACGCAGACCCAUCAGACGGCAGAUCUCGCGAUGCAAGCCACAGGGGCCGUCCUGAGGGGUCGAUUCGGCAGUCAACAGAGGAGCGGGGCAUGAACGGUCCUGACCACGGGACUCGGAGCGACGGUGGGGCAGCUGAUCGCAGUAAUCUGAGCUCAAGAUCUCACAGAGGUAGUGGCAAGCCGCGCGGCAGGCCAAAGAGAGGUUCAAACGGUAGGCAGUUGAGCACCAAUGGGGUUGAAGCCAGUUCCUCUGAAGAAGAGAGCGAAGAAGAGUGUGGGUCCGAGUACGAAGAAGAUGGAGAAGAGGAAAAUCCUGAAGGUCCUUCACCGAGUAAAAGGGGGAGACCAUCUAAGAGGGGCCGGGGCAGGUCCAGACAGCCCCAGCCGAGUCAGCAGCAGUCAGUCUGGACCAAGCUGGAUCCAGUGGAUGCGACUCAGAGUACCAACGCGGGUGGAUUCGACGGAGCAGCGCCAGUCAAGCAGCUCGAACACGCGAUGACCAAGUUGCUUCCUGAAGGCCAGCCGCCCUCGGCAAACACCGACUUCAGCACGGACGCCCUGCUCAAGCAACGGCCGCCCAGCAUCCACUGGAUCGGCAACAAUGCCCCUGCUGGAGGUGGAGGCAAUUCUGGUGGUUCGGUAUUACCAGCAACUGCUCUCCUGCGUCAGUUGUAUGCUAGCCGAGAGUCAGUUAUUCGGUCUAACAUUCAGACUCCGAGAGGUCAGCAAACCCCUGGAGGUUUUUACACUGACUCGACACUUGCCACCCCACCCUCAGAAUAUGACGCUUCCGCUUUCAAUGGUGCAUCUUACGCGCCAGGCGGAUUCGGCGCUCCGUCAGGAAGUGAUUUCCACCAGUCUGCCAUCACGCCACCCUCGUCCGUGUCGCCGAGAGACAGUGCCGGCGGAUCGCUCACUGCAGAAGCCAUGGCCGCAGCCAUUCGAACGCAGCAGUAUCUCAGCCAGACACAGAGUUUGCCGCUGAAGCCCCAAGCUAACAUGGCCCAUUCAGUUACCCCAAGCAUGGAGCACUACAUGGAAGCAAGACACCAGACACAACUGUACCACCAUCAGCUAGCAGCAGCCAGCUUCCACAUUUACCACCCCGCUGCGGCCGCGGCUGCCGCUGCGGCAAGUCUGGCCCACAACAACAGCAACUCCCUGAUGGGCCCACUCUCACCAAAUAAGUCAGCCAGUCCGCCACUACCCUACGCAGGCAAAUCGACCCACUACCACUCGCCGUGGUACUCAGCCCCUUCGUAACUUAACGCAUAACAGUAUUUUUGUCCCUGUCGCCCUCAAUACCAAAAAUGUUGUAGGCUAAAUUAAGUGUAAAAAUUAUCAUGGCCGGAGUUCUUAAGGAAAAUCGCUCGAGCUCGACAUGAAUUAUAAAUGUGAUCAUCAUAAGAAUUUUGCAUCGUUAUUGUGAGCAGGCUUUCAGAAAGUCUGUUUAGGAAUCAUUCCAUUAAUCAAAUCUCGUCUCAAAUAUUUGGUCAUUUUGUCAACAUUGGGUAUCAGUUAAUAACAAAAUCAAUUGUCGCCAAAUGUGAAUUUUAGAUAAGUAACCAUAUCAUAUGAAUGCAUACUCAAACUUAAAUGUGUAUUUAUAAAUGUGUACUUGUAAGAAAACAAGACGAUCUUUGUGCCAGUAUAAUUUGCAUUUUGUUAAACACAUCUUGUUUCGGACAAGCAAAAGAUGGAUGUUGCUAUUUGUUGGCAGCAUUGACUUGUUGAAUGUUUUCAAUGGUUAUUCUCUCCAUUUGUGUUAAUAAACCAAAUUACAAAACUU